CCAACGCCAAACGCCUCACCACCUCGACAAUCAACCUCUCCAACCACUGUCAUCAUGGGCCGUCUUCAUUCUAAUGGAAAGGGCAUAUCAGCCUCUGCUAUUCCAUACUCUCGCACACCUCCCUCUUGGUUGAAGACCACCCCGGAGCAAGUUGUUGACCAGAUCUGCAAGCUCGCAAAGAAGGGUGCCACUCCAUCGCAAAUUGGUGUCGUCCUCCGUGACUCCCACGGUAUCGCCCAAGUCAAGGUUGUCACCGGAAACAAGAUCCUCAGAAUCCUCAAAUCAAACGGCCUCGCCCCAGAGAUUCCAGAGGACUUGUACAUGUUGAUCAAGAAGGCCGUCGCUGUCCGUAAGCAUCUUGAGCGCAAUCGCAAGGACAAGGAUUCCAAAUUCCGUCUCAUUCUCAUCGAGUCCCGUAUCCACCGUCUCUCCCGUUACUACAAGACUGUCGGUGUUCUGCCACCAACCUGGAGAUACGAGAGCGCGACCGCCAGCACCAUGGUCUCAUAGAUGUGGAAAAUGGUCGGGGUUUUGACAUUUGGCAUGGAGUUUGGGGUGUGGACAAUUGCAUCAAGGGCUGAUCCAUCGUCAGUGGCUCAAGGGCAUAGAUUCAUAUGAAGAAUCAGAUCUCAAACACAC